AUGUCUUCUGAAGAACUAGAUGAAUCAGCUGAAUCUGACGAAUUAGUUGAAUUUGAGGUCUCUGAAGAGUUCAAUUUUGAUCUGAGAAAUUCUAAGAACCGCAGUAGCAGUUCGUUCCCUGAACCUAGAAAAGAUGUCAAAUUUUCUUUAAAAUUAGAUCUGGAAUUUGAAGCAGCAAUUAAAGAGAAAUAUUCUAGUAAUAAUAUAUUGAAAUUGAUUCAUUUACCAAACAAGAUCAACGAUGUAAAUACAAGUAAAUUAUCCGUGUCGAAUAAAUCAAUUGAUAAAAAGCCAGCCGCUCACAAAAUAUCUGAAGAAUAUGAUAUUGCGAGUUCUUCUAAAUCUCAGGAUAAUUCAGAUAAUCCAAUUAUUUUAGACAGCGAUAAUAAAAUAGAAAAAAAGAAGAGACAAAUAGAACUUAAUCCAAUUUUAAUGGAAAGUGCCUAUUAUAGUCUAGAGGUUUCAGAAGAUGAUGAAGAAUUGAAUAUGGGAGAUCAUCGUAUUGUAAUACGAGAUUUGAGUUGGAGGAGCAGCACUCAAAGACCUGAUAGAAGAAAACGCACGCAAAUUUAUGAUAACAAUAAUUUUGCUGCUGAUGAAAUAAAGGCCUCAUUAACGCAUCUCAAUAGACUAAAUCAGGUAUAUGAGGUCGAUAAAGGCUAUUAUUGA